UAAAGUUGAUAAUGAAAAAUUAAUAUAUUAAAAUUGUCAUGGAAAUUACUUUAUUCUGGGCGAAAUUAUGACUGUAAGAAGAAAUUGAUGAACAUUCUUUUUACUUCUCCAACCACAAGAAAUGAUGCCGGUUGUGUAUGUAGGAAGUGAGGGACGGGGGACAAUGCGAAUCUAUCAACACGAAAGGAUGCCAGUUAGGUUUUGUGUUUAGGGACAGGGAGCGAAACAAUGCGACUCCUUCUAUAUACACGAAAUGAUGUCAGGUUUCGUAUUUAGGAAAAGGGGGCACCACCUCCCCAAUUUACACGAAAUGAUGCCUAAAAAUCUUAUAAAAGAUAUAUUUUUUAUGUUUCAGCUUACGUGGUCUUUAACUUCACCACACAUCAUGGGUAUACUUGUCAGCACCUCGCAUGGAAAUAACUCGGCUAUCACAGAAGUGCCACCAACAUGGGUCUGUACACUGCAACUUACAGCUGAGAACAACCAAGACAAACUCUCUUCCCAUUCCGAUGGAUUCUUCUCGGCUAAUAGUUUCACAGUCGUCCGAACCAGAGAAGGGAGUUUUCACUCAGAUGGCGCCAGGUGGAGCCGGGGUUUUACUUCCGGUAAACACAAGUUCACCAUCGUAUAUCCAGAGACACAUCGUGGAACAGAAGCGUCAGUAGGCGUGGGCCUCAUCACAGCUCCAUUGUUUGCUAAAGGUCGUCUUACUUUGGUGGGAAUGAAACGAGACUCCUGGGGAAUUGAUCUGAGGACAAGACGUGCCAUUCAUAUGGGAAAAAUUGUAAAGAAAUAUCCAAAGACUGGGGAAAUGCUACCAGAGAAGUUUUACAUGUAUUUAGACAUGGAAUCCGGUACGUUACAAUUUGCUUCAGACGAUGGAUAUUAUGGUACAGCUAUAAGUGGUAUUAAAUGUAAAACUGGUGGAGAACCUGUUUAUCCCAUGCUAUCAGCUGUUUAUCCUGGUGCUACCAUUAAUAUGACAUACAAUGGUGAAGCUAUAGAUCCCAUGUUGCAUCAAAUGAAUCAACAGCAACAGCAAAUGCAGCAACAGGCGAUUUAUGAUCAACACAACCAUCUUUAUCAACAACAACAGCAACAACAAUAUUAUCAGCAGCAGCAGCAAAUGCAAAUGCAACAAAUGGGAACAGCCACAGCUCAACCACAGAUGAUAUAUAAUCCUGCUAUACCAAGUGCGCCAGUAGAAGAAACGACACAAGCUACACCACAAGAUACUCCUCAAACUGUACCACAAGAUACUCCCCAAGCUGCACCACAAGAUACUCCCCAAUCUGCACCACAAGAUACUCCCCAAGGGACGGAUUAAAGCAAUUAAAUACCCAUAUAGCCAGCAGAUACAUGGGUAUGUGUGUCAAAGAAUAAAACAUCGACAGAAAUGUAUUAAGUUAUUUUAACAAAAAAGAAAAACCCCAAAAGUCGAAAAAAGAUUAUUUAGCUCAUCAUAUCAUUUCGCCGUUUCUCGGAUUUAUGAUGCAAAGUUGUGUUCUGCACUACUGAACAUGUUGGCGCUGUAAUUUUAACAGUAUUGACAUUCAGCCUUGCUAAACCCAUGUCUGUAUCUAAGCAUUGUAAAAAUUCUCUAGACCAGUUCGUCUAUUUAUAUUCAUAUACUUCACCGUCUAUGUAAAGAGACAGGUCUUAAUCCUGAUAUCAGAACAUUGAC